CCGCGGGUCCCGGCUUCCGGUUCCGCCGGACGGAGGAACAGACUGAGAAAAAUGGCGGCGCCCACGGAACAGAACCCAGGAGGCGCAGAGGAGGCCAAGGCGGAAGAGGAACCGCGAGUUCUGGAACCCGGGGCCGCCCCGUUCGGAAACUUCCCUCAUUAUUCCCGCUUCCACUCCCCAGAGCAGCGGCUCCGCCUCCUGCCUCCGGAGCUGCUCGGCCGGCUCUUCCCUCAGGGGCCCGAGAAGAAGCCCAUUCUGGGGCUGGACGUGGGGUGUAACUCCGGGGAUCUAAGUGUGGCUCUGUACAAACACUUCCUUUUCCUGCGCGAUGGGGAGACCCACUCAGAUGCCUCAAGAGAACUCCGUCUUCUCUGCUGCGACAUAGAUCCAGUCCUGGUGGAGCGAGCUGAAAAAGAAUGCCCUUUUCCUGAUGCCUUGACUUUUAUUACCCUGGACUUCAUGAAUCAAAGGAGCCGGAAAGUUCUCUUGAGCUCUUUCUUAAGCCAGUUUGGGCGCUCGGUUUUUGACAUUGGCUUCUGCAUGUCCAUAACCAUGUGGAUUCAUCUGAACCAUGGGGACCGUGGCCUGUGGGAGUUUCUGGCCCACCUCUCCUCCCUCUGCCACUACCUCCUUGUGGAGCCACAGCCCUGGAAAUGUUAUCGGGCAGCUGCAAGGCGUCUUCGAAAGUUGGGCCUCCACGAUUUUGACCACUUCCAUUCCCUUGCCAUCCGAGGUGAUAUGGCCAGUCAGAUUGUACAGAUCUUGACCCAGGACCAUGGCAUGGAAUUAGUAUGCUGCUUUGGCAACACCAGCUGGGACCGAAGCCUUCUGCUCUUCAAGGCAAAACAAACCACAGAGACUCAUCCAAUUCCUGAAUUACUGAUAGAAGGAAACGAAGGGAACAGGUUAAGAUCCUUGAGAUAGUAAGAUGAUAGGGUGAAGAGAUACGGGAAGGCUUUUAUUCUGAGAAUUAAGUCCACUCUCCUUAACAGGCCGCUUCAAAACCUGGCAGAAGCUUUUGGCAAAAUGUUCAAGAUACCAUUGAAAAAAUCAGUAUCUGUUCCCCAUUGUCCAGGAUGAUUCUGAAGGAGAAUGCAUUUGUGGAGCAGUGGGCUGGGCUGACUGACCUAGAGAAAAUGAUCCUGUUUCUGGGAUAUGGAAGGAGCUGCUUUUGGUUAUUUAUAAAAACCAGGCUAGCCUUAGAAUGCAUCAGUUUCCUGGGCCCCUUGAUUCUGAUCUGGCCUCUUAAUGACUUUACUCAUCCUUCAGGCAAAACCUCAUUAUACAAUUUGAAAAAAGAGUCACUGGCCUGGCUAAAAGUGAGCAUAAAUAGGAAAAAAUCUCUUAUAUUCCAGAGCAGGUCUUAAUUCCCAACAUGACCAGGCUACAGACACUAAGCAAGAUGGAUUGGCUGUCAUUUAAAAGAUAUUUAAAAUAUCUAAAUUAUUGAGAGAGAUGUAGAAGUGAAUAAACAGCAGGAAACUUGACUUCAGGAGGUGAACAUACAAUCCUAUAUAAUAAAAGGUUAAUAUGCAAAUUGUCCCCACAGGUGGGAGUUUGACUGAUAGGGAGUUAGAUGUGCACAGACCACCAGGAGUGCUGGAAGCAGGUGACAGUGGAGUCACUGCCAGCUCCAAUGGGCCCAAUGAGAGCGGGACUGUUGUGGGGUGGUGGAGCAGGUGAGUAGGCCGUGCCAGGUCAAGGCAGGUGCAAAGGGAGGCCCCGGCUGGUGGCAGUGGCAGGCAGCUGGGGGAAGGAAGGCCCCUACCAGCAGCUGGCAGCCACUAGGGACCCUACCUGUGCACGAAUUUCAUGCACCUGGCCUCUAGUCUAUAUAGAGUGGGUAAAAGCAGAGCUUUCUUAUCUACCUUUAUAGACUAAAGGCUGGAUGCACAAAGAUUCGUGCAAGAAUGGGCCUUUCUUCCCCUGGCUGCCGCCUUCGGUCUGGCCAGAGCCGCCUUUUCACUCCAGCCUGGAGGUGCCUUUCGGCCUUCCCAUGCUGCCCAAAGGCCCAGAGCAGCUGGGGCAAUUGGUGCUUAAAUAUGCAAAUUAACCCACCAUCUUUAUUGAGUUAAUUUGCAUACUCCUGAUUGGUGGGCAUAGUGAAGAUACGGUCAAUUUGCAUCUUACUCUUUUAUUAGUGUGGAUAUAUAAAAGAAUCUAAACCAGUCAACUGGCCAGUAGCUAUGAUGUGCACUGACCACCAGGGGGCAGACUCUCAAAGCAGGAACAGAAAUCACUGGCAUGGAAACAUGGAACUGAUUUAUAAAUC